AUGGCAGCACCACCACCUCCACCGCCGGCAAAGGCGCCUUUCUCUCUCUAUGAUAACCUCAUGGAUCCUAAUGAUCCAGCUCCAGCCACAAUAUCUUCUGCGCCAGUUUUAUACAAUCAAGGUGAAUCGGGUGCCGAAGCAAAGAAGUCUCUGGAUCCAGCUCUUCGGUUCCAACCCAUUCGUCGCCCUCCCAUAAAGCAAGCCAAACCGAAAGGCAGCGUAUUUCCAAAGUCAAUAUCAGCUUCAAACCCUCCAAGUGCGGCAGAAGCAGGUACAAACUCAGCACAAUCAGCUGAUCCUACCUCUACAACGUCAGCCACCGGACUCCCCGCCAAGAGUACUCUCGCUGACUGGGCUGCCACGGAGGACGAUGAGUGGCGGUAUGGUGUUGGAGAAAAACGGCAGCGUGGUGGACGUAAAAAGAAGAAGAAGCAACAGCAGAUGCAAGCUGAAACGGAUUGGGAUGAGAUAUAUGAUCCCGCCAGACCUACCAACAUUGAAGAGUAUUUGAGAAGUGAUGAAAAGAUAGACGAGGUGAGGGAGUGGAAGGCGAUGCUGUACCGGCACCGGAAGAGACAUGACGAAAGCGAUAUAUCAGACGAUGAUGAGGAGGACUCACGACCAGUACCAUCAAACCAAUUCGCACCUCCUCCGUCAUAUGGCUUUGUACCCCCUCCUCCGGCAUCUCCUCCUUCAGCACCACCACCAGAGGAAAGUGGCGAUGAUGCCUACGCCCGCCGCCUAGCUUUAUCUUCAAACAAUCAACCUCCACCGCCUCCUUCACCACCCGCACAAACAGGUCUUCCUCCGCCCCCUCCCCCACCCACAGACUCAGCAACCAUAUCACGCGCUCCUAUCCGGUACAAUCAGCCCACAGAUUCCCAGGCUCACAACGAAGACGACGCCUACUCUCCACCGCCAACUCUCGGCGGCGACAACGAUGGUCAGGAUGACCCAGAAAGUGAGAGACGUUCGAAUCGUCCUGGCCAAGCUGGAUUUGCCCACCGGCUCAUGUCUAAAUACGGCUGGACUCAAGGAACCGGUCUCGGCGCCAAUGAGACUGGUAUCAUAAAUCCUCUCCGAGUGCAAGUCGAAAAGCGGCGUAAGAAAGCUGAUGCCGACGGCGGUGGGUGGGCAGAGCCUGGUGGCAAAGGCAAGAUCAUCGGCUCCAAGAGCAAAGCAGAACCCAGCAAGUUGGGUGCGAUGAGCGAUGUCAUUGUCCUACAGAACAUGCUGGAGAAUAUGCCUGACCUGCAAACCGAAAUUUCUGAUGGUUUGGGGCAAGAAAUUGGCGAAGAGUGCGGAGAAAAGUAUGGCCGCGUAGAACGUCUCUACAUCGACCAACCAACUCGUCAAGUUUUUAUAAAAUUCACAGACCAAGUGUCUGCCCUACGAGCAGUCAACGAGCUAGACGGUCGCGUGUUCAAUGGCAACACGAUAAUACCCAAGUUUUACGAUUCCGAAACAUUCGAGAAAGGCGUAUACACCCCCUCAUAA